CGCCAGAAUGUGACUGUAUUUGAUUUCUGCCAGUGUCUGUAUCUGAUUUAAGACACAUGCUUCUGCAGGCUUCCAUGAAGCCUGUGGAAAAAAAGUUUCACUACAGAGUUGGAUUACAGCUCUCUCGAGCUCAAAACAUUGGCUGUUAUACUGCCGACUUAAAAGGCAGCUGUAACAUGGAGCACCAAAGCCCCAGCAGAUUUGAACAUUUCCGGAACCACAAAUAAAUACCAAGUUUCUGUUGUGUCCAGGUGGGAGAUGGAUUGUGUUUAUGAUCUGGAACCUUUAUUUUCUUGCUUCUGGGAAUACUGGGUUUUUUAAAACUAUUUUUUGAUCUUAAAAGUAUCAACUGAACAUAAAAUGCCAACAUUUCAGUAAAUUCUACUUUUAACAAAUUCCUGUGCCAUAGUUGUCAACAGAGCGGAGGAAAAUUCUGGACGUGUGCUCAUUUUUUCAUAAACAGAUCAUAGAGAAAUGCAUUUUGAAACAGAUUUCUUCACCAGCUGUAUUGGUAUCAACUGUGUAGCGAAGUUUGGAUUUUAAACACAAGGAUGUACAAGCUGUGGACAGCUGUGAACAUUUUCAUAGUGUCCUUUCUGCAUCUGCUGCAAGGUUCUCAGUAUGGGUCUGUAAAGAGAUCACUUUCUGCACUGGAAUGGUCAGAGCAGCAAAUCAGGAAAGCUUCCAGUCUGGAAGAACUCCUUCGAAUCACUCACUCUGAGGACUGGAAGCUGUGGAAGUGCCGUCUAAAACUCAAGAGUGUGGCCGCACUGGAUUCCAGAUCUGCGUCACAUCGCUCCACAAGAUUUGCUGCUGCUUUUUAUGAUAUAGAGAUACUAAAAAUUAUAGAUGAGGAGUGGCAAAGAACUCAGUGUGUUCCAAGGGAGACCUGUGUAGAAGUGGCUAAGGAGCUGGGUACUACCACCAACAAAUUCUUCAAGCCCCCUUGUGUGAAUGUAUACAGAUGUGGAGGCUGCUGCAAUGAAGAGAGCCUGAGCUGCAUGAACACAAGUACAUCUUAUGUUUCCAAAAUGCUCUUUGAGAUUUCAGUUCCUUUAACAAAUGUGCCUGACCCAAUCCAAGUUAAAAUUGCAAACCACACAGCUUGUAAGUGUUUAUCAAAUGUUCAGCACCAACCAUAUUCCAUCAUACGAAGAUCUGUCCAGUAUCCAGAGGAAGAUCGUUGUUCUCAUAUUAAAAAACUAUGUCACAAAGGCUGGAUAUGGGACAUCAAUAAAUGUGAAUGUGUUGAAGAUGAAGAACAUCCUGGCAGAAGACAAGGACUUCCUCCACUUGCUGAACUUGCUAUGUGUGCACCAAAUAUGGACUUUGAUGAAGAGAACUGCGAAUGUGUCUGUAAAUGGAAGUGCACUGGCAAUUUAUUUCAGAACAAAGAGAAUUGUAGCUGUUACUUGUGUGCAGAGAAUCACGACAGCUGCCUUCAGAAACACAAGACGUUUAAUGCAGAAACAUGCAGUUGUGAAGACAAAUGCCCAUUCCAGGCCAGAACGUGCCCGACGGCUAAGCCAGUGUGUUCAAGGCACUGUCGCUGCCUCAGGGGGGGAAGAAACACUCAUGGUUCCCAAAGCAAAGAAAACCCAUGAUCAAGUUUUCGUUAUCCUUUGCACAAAACAUGCACACUCUGCUUUGCAAAAUAGCUGUCUGCCACAAGCUAUUCAACUAUAAUAAUCCUGGGAUAUGGGUGACAGUGAAAAUAAAAUAAAAUCCAAUCUGUGUUCAUUAUGAAGAUGAUGACUGGGUGUGCAAGGACAUUUCCACCUGGCUUUGGAUGUCUGUUGCAACAGAUUAUUCUUGUUCUGCAAAGGGAUGUUCAAAAGACCAAAAUCCAUCAUGACUGCCAGAGAAGAAACGGGGAUGGCUGUUGCAGGAGGACAUUCAUCGUCCAGCAUUUAUAAAAUGCAAAAGAAAAUAGUUCUACAUCAUCAACAUGCAGAUGUUAUUCAGCAUAUUUCUUUAGGGCAAACUUCUAUAGUUUGUAUUCCUAAUAUGUUCAGCACUGAAUUAUUUGAUCUACUGUCUGUUUUUUAUUAUCUAGAUUUAUUGUAGAACUACUGUCCAUUAAUGUUCCAUAUUUAAAAUGUAUAUAGGAAAAUAAAAGCAACGAUU